UGAGAAGAAGUGGGAAAGCUGGAGAAGUUGACUAGACGAGCUCCUGCUCCUGCUCCUGCUGCUACUGCUACUACUACUAGCGCUACUACAACUGCUACUGGUAGCACUACUACAACUUAUAAUAAAGAGCAGCCAGAGCGACCUCAAAAAUCGUAGCUGUGCUCUUGGAUUCUGCUGAGAUCGCGGGCUACUGGGACCAGGGUGUGGAAGUGAGAGAACGACAUGUAAAUUUAAUAGACCGCGAAAAAAGACACGGACGUAAUUGAACAAUUCAAACGUUCUUCAAAGAGCGUUUGUGGUGUUCUGUCUUGUCCGUUUCCUUUUUUGCAGUCCUUUAAUUUUACUACAUACCAUGAACCAACCAGCCCACCAACAAGCCUUGUUUGGAGAGAAUGUCCGUAAAAAAAAAAAAAAAAGCGCGACGAUAUCGGGCUCAUCGGUGAUGAAACAGAGAAAACUCAGGAGCAUCCCGGAGCACAAUGUUACUAAAACAAAGCAGACACCAGGGUUUGCGGGAAAAUGCGGAGAGAACCUCGAUAAGGGAAAGCGCGUGGAAGUCGUUGCGAAAGUGGGAAAAGAGCGAAAGAGAAUGUUUCGAACGAGGGAAAGAGUGAAAGGAGGAUGCCGGAGAGUUUAGUUGAGGGAGUUUGGGAAAGGGAGCCAAGAGGGGGAAAGGACCGGGCCGCGAGGGAGCGCGCGGUCGGUAUUGCUGCUGGGGGCGCGGCAACUCGUCUUCGUCGGCAGUCGCGGGUAGAAGGCGUGGCAAGCUCGACGCGCCUGGCGCGCGCAGCGAACUUCUUUCCUCCUCCCUUCGCUGGCUCGCCGCGUCCGACGGACCGCGCGGUUGUUUGAAGCGCGGCGCGCACACGCACGCGCACGAGUUGCGGCGGACGUGACAACGAGGUUGCUCCGUUCGCUGCGAUGUGUCAAACUGGCCGCCGAGCUUCGCCGCUGCUCCUCUUGUUCUCUCCUUCCUCAUCCACUCGCCGCGGCGGCGGUGCGACGCAGCGGAAGCCGGCAGCGUCGGCACGUAUUGUCGGCCUCGUCGUCCCAGCGGUCUCGUUAGCGCACCACUGCCAUUAACUCGCCUGUUCUAGCACUUCUUUCCUUUCUCUUUCUUUUCUUCUUUUUUUGUGUUUCAUGCGCAACAGCCAGAGGCUGCUUGCUGUGUCGCGAGUUGCGUAAGGCAUCGGUGCUGUGACCGACGAGUGAGGUGAGUUCGCUUGGCCGCCGACUCUGGACUCAAGUGCGAGGAGGGAAGAUAAAGUGAACAAAACAAGAAAGCCCGUUUGAAAUCGGUGAAGCCCGCUCGUAAUAAUCUGACGCAAGGAUUGUUGGGAGGUUAAUACGGUUCGGGCCUCAUCACACUUCGAGGUUCACGAGAACCGACGGCGUUUCUAACUCGGCGGAUCUCAGCGGCGAGCGCUUCCGAGGUUGUGAGCCCCGCGCUUCGCCGGUAGUGAGGUGUGCCCGCGAAGAGUGUGACACUGCCGGGUGACGCGUCCCACGAGCUGUCACACGCGUCGGUCAGCGUGCGGUGCCGGCGGAGAAGUUCGGCGAGAAAGGCGUGGUCGCCGCCGACGGGCAAGCUCGCCGUACGCAGCGCGCUGCGGCGGCUCGGUUCCGGCGUCGCGACGAAGCUCCUAGCGUUCGCCGAGCGGAUGCGCUCGUUCUGGAUCUUCUGGAGGCGCAGGCACAAGGUGGGGCAGCGCCACUGCGAGGAAGACGCCCACGAGCUGUGCGUGAACGAUGCCAACUGCGAAGCGGAUGGUCGUCACCGCCGGUUCUUCCUCAAGUCUGGCACUUCGGGACACAGUCCUCGGCCAGCUGCUGUGCGCGUCGACAGCAGCAGCAGCAGUGACGAGGAGGACGAUGACGAAGAGGAAGAAGACGAAGACGAGUACGAGGACGAGUACGAGUACGAUGACGAGGACCUGACGUGCAACGUGUGCGAGCGCUCCUUCUCCACGGCCCGCCGGCUGUCCCGGCACCAGCAGCGCAAGCGCCACUUCGGCUGCCCCGUGUGCGACGCCAUCUUCCCAUCGCCGCUCGCCCUGGAAAACCACCGGGGCUCCAUGGAACACUGGUCGGACGACGACGACGAUGACGACGACGACCAGCAGGUGUCGCAUUCCAGGUGA